AUGACUGUAGAUAAUCCCUUAAUUGAGUCACUCAAGGUCUAUUUUCUUCGUGAACUACGUCAUAAAGGUCUUUCAAUUGAUGACGUAAAACGAUUCUGUACAGCACACACAAAUAAAUUUCCUUGGUUAUCCACUUUCAAAUGGAAUGAUAAUAAAGAUACUCGUCUUCCAUUUAAUCCAUAUUGGCAACUACCGGAAUACCGCCAGGCAGAGAACGCAUUUAAAGAAUUGUACAGCAUUGGUAACAAGGCUCCUUUUCAGGCUUUUAUGCAACAAUUGCAAAAUAUUAAUGCAUUUCGUGCAAGAAUUGCAUUAAUUGGACUUAUUAUAUCUCGCCUACAUGUGGUUAGGGCAUCUCGUGAAUGGGGUGCGCCAGAAAAUCAAUCUGCAGACUUUUUGAAGGUCGUUGGUACAAUGAACAAUUUAUCAGCUGGAUAUAAACAAACUAUAGGAAGAAUACUUUCAAACAAUCAAUCUCUACUUCGCUUAGAUCAUACUAUAGAUAAUAGUAAUUUGUUCUUAAAAUCAGUUAUAGCUCAUAUUGUAGCAUUACAUGCUUCAAUUCCACCAAAUUCCACACCACUUGCGGCAUAUUUCCAUCAGAUAGAUGCAUGUCAAAAUAUGUUUAUUUUGGCAACCGUUUCUGAUAUUGAAUCAUUAAUUUUAAGCGCUGUAAUUAAUGGAGGUGGUGGACAAAUUACUCGAUAUUCGUGUCAAUGUGGAUAUAUGUAUGUAAUUGCUAACUGUGGUCAGGCAAUGGAAGCGAUAAGGUGUCCGGGAUGUAAAAAUAAUACAAUUGGUGGGGCUAACCAUACGUCAGCAGCUGGAAAUCGAAAAUUAGAUAACACGCCAAUAACUGGCCCUAUAAACUCCAAAGAUCAACCUGGAUAUAUCGGAGAACGAUUUAACAAUGCGAUUGACCAUUCAGUUCGAUCUAUGCCGCCUUCUUCUUAUAGAAUUUUACAUUUAAUCGUUCAUGCCUUAAUUGGAUCUUCUGCGCACUCUCCGACAACAUUAAAUUUCUUACGAAGACAUAACCAAACAGCAGAUAACACUGAACAAUAUUGUCUGGGCCAUAUUAUUACUGAUUGGACAGUUCUUAGACAAAUUCUUAACUGCUCAGAUGAACACUUGGCAUUGCUGUUUCAUUCAUUACUUACAGCUAUGACACAAACACCACCGCCUGCGUCAAUGCUAAGGACAUCAGCUGAACGUGACGAUUGGGAAACGAAAUUUACGCGAAAUUACGUUUCUCCAUUAAUUAGGAGUGUUACUGAAACGGUAACAACCUUUAGCACAGCAUUAGCCGCUGCAUCUGCAGGUCAAGGCAAUAAUGCCAAUAUUAUCGAAUCUGAAAUUGAUCAAACAAGAGCGAUAGAUGAAGAAUAUCGAAUUUCGAAAUUACCACGACUUUGGCGUAAAAUUGACUUAGUUACUUUUAAUAGUUUCCGUGCUUAUUAUAAUGGAGACCUAACGCAAUAUCAAGCAAAAUAUCCAUUCCUUGCGGUAUUUUUCAAAUAUUCUGAACGAUUAGAAAUCAUUAAGAACCUUUGGCCAAUUGUACAAUUCGUACAAAUCUUAUCUUCGCGUCUUUCUUAUCGAAUCAGUAGAAAAGUCGCAGAAAAGAUGACCUUUGACGAAUUUAUUGAUAAGGAAGCGGACAAAGCUGAUUUAAAUAAAAUGUAUAAAAAAUUUGAGGAAUCUUGGAAUAUCGUUAUCGAUAAGGUUGAUAGAUACCAAUGUCAUGAAUUAAGUGAAAAACCAGGAAUGAGUCGCAAUAUGCCUAUUAUUAUGGGAUUAAUAGAAGAAAAAGAUUUGAGUCUUUACCUCUGUGCAAUUUUAGAAUAUUUAAUUGGCUUACAAAACAAUUUCUUGCGAGAUGUUAUGACUAUUCCCCCUGGUUCUUGUAAAGCACUUAGAUUUUUAGAACAAACGUCAUUUGAUGCAGAAGAGGUAACUUCUGCUAUAACAUCAACUAGUCAAUAUUCCGUUCGCUCAUUAACACUUAAUCAAGCUCAUGUUGAUAACAUUAUUUCAUAUAACCAAGAAGAAUUUAGGGGAAUUCAUAUGUUCAGCCAAAGAAAUUUAGGAGUUGGACGUGGUCUUGACGUUAUUUAUGAUUUACAAAAAAUAGAAGUUGAACUUGCACGGCAACUUGUGUUUGAAAAGGUUUAUAUAGAUACAGUAGGCGAAACUUCAUUAUACAUGCAACCUUUUUCAUAUCAUAUGGAACUAAUUCAAGUAUCCAUUCGUAUUCUUGGAGAUAUACAAGAACUAAUUCCCCAAGAACCUAUUCCAACUGAACUAGCAGAAUCGUUAACAGGAUCUUCGGUAAACAUGCCAUAUUCUUUCCAAUCAAACAGUAUGGAUACAUCGUUUGAUAAUCCAUCAGAGAUUCUUUCAUCCUUGGAAAUUCUGCUUUGCUUUAUUAAAAGGACACCCGGUGGCAAUGGUGAAAGUUUUAUAAAAGAUUAUGUAAACCAAUGGUCAACACUUUCUGGACUUAGCGAAAAUCAUGAAUUUCGUAGUUUGCUAAACAAACCCUUGAGACUUAAGCACAUAAUUUCCUUAUAUGAAUUAAUAGAGGGACUAGUAGCAAAUUUAACAAUUGAAUAUACUCAUGAAAAAUACAAGGAAGAGCUCACUCCUAAACAGCGAGAAGAAAUAGACAAUAUUAUAGAUUUUGAAGUUAAACAACCUGCAGCAAUUGUCAAUAGAAAAAUAAUGAAAUUCUCUGCUGAAGUUUUUGCUACAGCUCUUAGAAGAUUUAUUUAUAGAUUUUUACAAGGCGAAAAACAAAAAGAGACCGAACCUCUUGCGCUUUACGUUUGUGAACCAUCACUUCACUUUUGGCCAUCUAUAAUUUCUGAAACAGAAAAUUUGGAUGAAUUAUUCCCAGAAAGCUUGUUAGUUAAUCAAGCAUUUGAAGCCUACAAAUAUGUUAUUGAACAGAUUGAGAACGGGAUUAAUGCCGAUAGUUCGGUUAAUAGUCCCACUAGUACCCUUAAUGCAGUAGCAAGUACUGACAGUCCUAGCGCUAAAGCUUGUACAACACUCAAUGCUUGCAAUAAAGCCAAGACUAUAUGUGGGUCUGCAUUUGUCCCCCCUACGUUGAACGGUUCGAGUCAUUAUUCAGCGUCGGCUUGUUAUAAAAAUGCGAAAUAUAAUUAUGCCAUUGAUGAUAUGAACAAAUGGCAAAAUGAUUGUGCUGCUUUAGAAGAUGGAAAUAUUUAUGAUGAUCCGAUGAAUCAUUCAGGAAAAAAAGAAUAUGGAGUUGCCCACCAGCCAACAUUCCAGCUUCAAAACAUUCAAAUGAAACAACAUGCAAAUGUGAUGGGUUCAAAUUGGAAUGAAUCGAAAAACACACUUGUAAACAGUUUGGGUUAUAUUGAAAAACAAUCAACGACUCGGGAAGUCAGUGCCUUCGAACAAACUGCAACUCAGAAAGUAGGUGCUUUCGAACAAACAGCAACUCAGGAAGUUAGUACCUUUGAACAAACGGAAACUCAGGAAGUUAGUGCCUUUGAACAACCCGUAAUUCAGGAAAUUAGUGCCUUUGAGAAAACAGCAACUCAGGAAGUUAGUGCCUUCGAACAAACAGCAACUCAGGAAUCUAAUGCUCUUGAACAAACAGCAACCAGAGAAUUUAAUACCCUUAAACAAGCAACGACUCAUGAGCAAAAUACAACACAAGAAUUUAGUGCUCUUGAUAAAUCAGCAGCUCAAAAAGUUAAUGAAAACCCAAUCUCACUAGAAAUUGGCCAGCAGUAUAACUACUAUUCCGAUGAUGAAUAUGAUGGCUAUAGCAGCUAUUAUCGCAGCA